AUGAACUGUGCCUUCAAGAACCCGGAAAGCAAAAAGCAUUAUCAGACACCGGCACUCUCUGAACUGCAGCGGCUGAUAUGGAGCAGAGGAGGAUCCAACAACCACGUGGACCAAGUGUGGCCACGCCUCUAUCUUGGAGAUGCAUGGGCUGCUAGAAGUAAGACCGUUCUUCAAGACCUUGGUAUCACCCACAUCCUUAACGCAGCAGAUGGUCCCUACAAUAUCAACACCGGAGCUCGGUAUUACAGGGACCUGCCCGUCGAGUACUACGGGGUACAGGCCUUUGACGAUAGCUCCUUCGAUAUAAGCAUUUUCUUCCAUGAUGCGGCCAAUUUCAUACACAAAGCCUUAAAGACUGGAGAAGGCAAGGUAUUUGUCCACUGCGCGAUGGGGUUGAGUCGCUCGGCCACCUUGGUGCUGGCUUACUUGAUGCUCCACGAAAACCUGACGCUGGUGGAGGCUUUGAGAUCAGUAGAUUCGCACCGAGGCAUCUGCCCGAACACGGGCUUCCUCAUCCAGCUCCGGGCCUUGGACUUCAGCUUAAAUAAUGAGAGGAAAGGUUUCCCGGCGCUGUGA